AUGAGCAAAGAUACGGGUACGAAUUUCGGUUCUGACAUUGUAUCAUUACGUGGACAUGAUGCGCUCUUAGGUGAAAAGAAAAAUAAUCUUUUUAUUGAUGUCGUUUGUGGACGCCGUAAUUGCACUGGUUUGACAUACGUCUUAACUGCAAAUGGUCUUAUUUGUCAAUUUGAUGAAAAUCGAAAAUUACGUACUGACAAGAAACUUCAAGAAAAAACAAAUUGCUUAGCUAUUAGCGACUCGUAUCUUGUCGUUGGAUGUAAUAAAGGUGUUGUUUGCGUAUUGUCACCCGAAACUCUUGAAAAUAUUAUGUCAGUACCGUUACCACAUUGUUUGGAUAUUGAUAUUAAUUUUAUUGCAUCAACUGAUCAGAUGACAUAUCCACAAAAACCAAAUAUUUCUUUUCCGAAUACAAUAGCUAUUUGUUUAGAUGAAAACAAAUCACUGUUAACAUGCUUUUAUAAUGAUCAUAGUUUUUAUACUUGGAAUAUAAGAAAUGGACAAUUAAUAGAAAAACGUAAUUGUUAUAUGUAUCAUUCGGCAUGUGUUUGGGGAAUCGAAACAUAUUCUGUCAGAAGUACAUCACUUGCUAUUUCUAAUCGAUUAAAGUUUAUAACAUGUUCAGCUGAUAAUACUGUACGUUUUUGGUCAUUAAAUCAUAAUGAAACUCGUUCAGCUUUUGCUUCGUCAUCAGUUGAAAAUGUAUCAAAUGGACAUUUGAUGAAAAUUAUCUAUUUAGAUGAAAAUUAUUCAAAACUAUGUGAUAAUCAAACAACACAAGGUAAGAUAACUUGAUUUAUUGGAUUAUUACUAUUAUAUUUGUCUAAUCCACGGACACUUUCGGUUGACUUUUCUUUAAUUUGAGCCGUUCGAUGGAUUGCAUGGUUUUGUUUUUCGAUUUACGGGCUACGUUACACAUUCACCCCAUUCGUUGACCCGCAACGGCCUACCCACGGGUCGAUACAAAUUUAAUUAAGUUAAUAUUUUGAAAAAGAAAUCAUUCAUUCUUUAGAUCAUCUUCUUAAAGUCAAUAUUUAGAUCAUUAAAAUGUUGAUAACUCAUUCGUGAACUCAUGCAGUUAUAGCAAAAUUGUAAAUUCAUCAAAAGAAACAAAAUAGGAAUACUACAUUACUAAGAAUUUCUAAAAUCAAUAAUUUACAGAAGUUGAGUUUGAACGUUAUGGCUUGCUUAGAUGAUGCUAUUAAGAUAUCUUAACUGUGAAAUGUAAUAAAAACUGGGAUACAUACUAGAAGAUGAACGAUUUUAUCGUUCUCUUCUAUUCGAGAAAAAAAAAGAAAAAGGGACCCCGCCGGAAACAGUGAAAAAAUGUGCGGACAGAAGUCGACACUAGUGAAUGUUAGAAACGCAUCCAGAAAUCGAUGAGGAAUAAAACGUUCGUUCUGAAGAUCGAUAUUCAGGAAGUGUUUAAAAUUUUGUUUUUGAUUUAUUUUCGAUCUGCAAACUUGGGGAAAAGUUUGUGAAAGGUAGCACCUACGGAAUAGUCUCAUAAUAAUGAAUUCACCAUUGUUCGCUAUUUCUACAACGAAACAUUGAGAACGCAACACACUUUUAUACAUAUGCUUCU